AUGUAUUUGGAUACAGAUGAUUUAGUGACGUCCAGUAUAAUUGCAUUUCUGAUUGCAACUGUAGUUUUUGUCUUAAGUAUUAAAGCGUUCAGAUGGUUGUCUCCUGAAAAUUAUGUGGCCGACAAAAGUUUAUCAUCUCAUGUGUGGGUCGAAAAACCAAGUUACAUAUUAAGUGAUCCAAAUGCCUGUAUCGUAUGUGAAACGUUGACACAUGGAUCAAAAGUUCGAUACUGUGAUAAUUGUGGGAUUUUCGUUGACAUAGGCUGUGUAAAAAAAGCCAACAAACGAUUAUGCUGUAAGAUUUUAAGCACCAAUAGACCACCUAAGACUUUCACACACCACUGGAACAAGUCUCUGUUAAUUGAUGUUACAUGUUGUGUUUGUUCCUCCGAUGAUGACACUGAUAGUGUUCUUGGACAUUUUUUUCAAUGUAUAUGGUGUAGGAGAUUUUUACACGAAAAUUGUAUUACUCAAUUUAGUCAGAAAUGUGAUUUUGGAAUAUAUCGCCAAUAUAUUAUACCUCCAUUUUGUAUAAAAACAAGUAAUCGAUUUAAAAAUAUAUCCAAACAAACAAUUGAAAAAGUUAUUCACCCUGGUUGGGAAAAGUGGACACCUUUAAUCAUAUUUGCAAACAAGAAAUCUGGUAAUAAUGAUGGAGCUCUAAUAAUUUCACAUUUCCGGAGUAUACUAAAUCCUAUACAGGUGUAUGAUGUUAUCGACUGCCCUCCAGAAAAAGCUUUAGAUUGGUUAAAAACCACACAGCUGGAAUGUGUUUUUGUCUUAGUUGCUGGUGGUGAUGGUACAGUAGCUGGUGUAUUAAACAGCAUUCAUAAUUUGCAAUUAAGAAUAGAUCCUGCUGUAGGUAUUAUACCACUUGGUACAGGCAAUGACUUGUCUAGGGUAUUGGGAUGGGGAACUUCAUACUCUGACUCUGAUUGUUCCGGAAUAGUGAAUUCUCUUGAUAAUAUUUCAGUUGUAAAAUUAGAUAGGUGGAAAGUGAAAAUUUUGUCAAAUGUAUUGAAGAAGAUAAAAAUAACAAACACUAUCACAAUGUACAAUUAUUUAGGAAUCGGUUUAGACGCUCAAAUAACAUUGAAUUUUCAUCGUACUAGAAAGUCACCAUUAUACUUAUUCAAUAGUACACUGUUGAAUAAGAUGAUAUAUGUAGGGUGCGGUACACAACAAUUUCUAGAACAUCAGUGUAAAGGACUGCCUGAUAUGAUUGAGUUAUAUAUGGAUGACAAAAAAAUAGUUUUACCAGAUAUAGAAUCCCUUGUAAUUGUGAAUAUUGAAUCUUGGGGUGCUGGCGUAAAUUUAUGGAAAUUAGGAGCUAACGAUGGUAAUGAGUUUGGUGCACAAUUCAUUGAUGAUGGAUUGUUAGAAGUACUUGGCAUACGAUCUUCCAUACAUAUUGCACAGCUAAAAAUGGGUAUUGCUGAACCCAUUAGAAUUGGUCAAGCAUCUGUAAUCAGAGUAAAAUUAUUACAAAAAUUACCAGUUCAAGUUGAUGGCGAACCUUGGCUCCAACCAAAGUGUGAAUUUGUGCUUAAGCGUUGUAAUCAAGCUACAGUUUUGAAGUUGUCAAAUAUAAUAUAA